GUCCCAUGUACACAACUGCCUCCAGGUGGAGGAGGACUCAAGUGCAGCAUUUCAUUAGCAUGGAAACUUCCCUUCGGAGGGGGAAUCGGGACCCCAGAGGGGGUCCUUGUUUGGUAGCAACUUCCAGGACCAUCUCUAGCAGUAUUUGUACCUCUUUUAGCUGCAUCCUCUGACCAGCUGGCCCCGUUUUUCCUUAAGCUGGAUGACACAGGAGCUCUGCCUGCUGCAAGGAGUGAAAGGCGAAGAAUCUGUUCCCCGCUCCAACUGAGGCUCUUGGUCCCCUCCAAGCCCCUCAUCCAAGCCAGUCACAGGAGGAUGGAGGCCUGCCUGGAAUAUCCACCCUCUGGGGAAGUUCAUAUGCUUCUUGGCCAGGACCCACAACCAAGUUUCUGAGGUUACUGGAGUCCCUCCCCCCAUCUCACACACCCCAAAAGCAGCUCAAGCUACAGGAAAACAAUAACCAUACACCAAGCUGGCCCUAGCACUUUGGCGAGGGUCAGGGUGGGAGGGUGGGGAAGGGUCGCCUAGGAGAACUUAUGGCUUUUCUAGCCAAGGCAUUUUACUAGGUCCCCUUGGCCUCUGUUCACCGGGUGUCUCGCUUACAUCCUCACUGCCCAGUUGACACAGAAUGUAGGUCUGGCCCAGCACGUCUGUGGUGGGUGAGGAGGUUGUGAAGACAAUUGCUUGCCAAAGUCGGAAGUGCAAUGCUCCUUUGACUCGGCAACUCUUGGGAGGAUGUGGAGAUCGGAAAUUCAUUUAUUUCACAAAUGUUUGUUGAGUUCUGGUGCGUGCCAGGCAGGGUACUGAGCCAGGGGUUAGAGAAAAAAAAAAAAGCCAAACCACCCAUGAAUUUGUCGAGGACCCUGCCCUCUUGGGGUUUACGUGCUAGUUUUCUAUUGCUUGAUAAUCCAUUUUAUAGAUGAGGAAAGCGUGGUAUAUAUCCGCAGCUGGCAAAGGGUUGGGCCGAAACUUAAGUACUGAGGUCUAUGAACAAUCACUCCCACUCCGAGGCCCGGGCCUCCCAUUCCUCGGAGGGCCCUUCGUGCGACCCCCUUUCUGUUCCUCUUGGAGUCCUGGGCUGCACCAGCCUGCUAUCUGCUCCGGCGCUAGCCCCAGAGGUGCCGGCCUAGCUGAUGCCCGAAGAAAGAAGAAAGCAGACCGCGGGCGGACUGGGCCCGCCCCAACCUUGCGCGAGCUGUCGGCGCCCGGGUCUCUGGUGGGGUAGGCAGAGGCGAGCUCCGCCCCGACCCAGCUGCCAGCCGAGUGCGCACGCGCAGCGGGCCGCGCUCCUUCGGCGGCACCGCCCACCACCGGGGGACGUCGGCGGCGCGCGACGUAGUUCGCAGGAUAAAUGCGGUGGCGCCGGGCGUAGGAGCGAUUAGGCUGGGGUGCUUGGGUGUUCGGACGCUUGGCGGGGUCGUGGCCCGCGCCUGAACCUGCCCCGUUUCGCGCUGUGCCAUGGCGGACGAGGGGAAGUCCUACAACGAGCACGAUGACCGUGUUAGUUUCCCUCAAAGAAGAAAGAAGGGCCGGGGUCCCUUCCGGUGGAAAUAUGGUGAGGGGAACCGUAGGUCUGGAAGAGGAGGCUCUGGCAUUCGGUCUUCCCGCCUGGAGGAAGAUGACAGAGAUGUAGCGAUGAGUGAUGCCCAGGAGGUUCCCCGAGUACGAUACAACCCCUAUGCUGCCCGACCCAACCGUCGAGGUGACAGUUGGCAUGAUCGAGACCGCAUUCAUGUUACCGUGCGGAGAGACAGAGCUCUUCCAGAGAGAGGAGGGGCUGGCACCAGCCAGGACGGGACCUCGAAGAACUGGUUUAAGAUUACAAUUCCUUAUGGCAGAAAAUAUGACAAGUCAUGGCUCCUGAGUGUGAUUCAAAGCAAGUGCAGUGUCCCUUUCACCCCCAUUGAGUUUCACUAUGAAAACACACGGGCCCAGUUUUUUGUUGAGGAUGCCAGUACCGCCUCUGCGUUGAAGGCCGUCAACUAUAAGAUUUUGGAUCAGGAGAACCGAAGGAUCUCUAUCAUCAUCAAUUCUUCUGUCCCGCCCCAUUCUGUACAGAACGAGCUGAAGCCGGAACAGGUGGAGCAGCUAAAGCUGAUCAUGAGCAAACGAUACGAUGGCUCCCAGCAAGCGCUUGACCUGAAGGGCCUCCGUUCAGACCCAGACUUGGUGGCCCAGAACAUUGAUGUUGUCCUGAAUCGCAGGAGCUGCAUGGCGGCCACCCUACGGAUCAUCGAGGAGAACAUCCCCGAGCUGUUGUCCUUGAACUUGAGCAACAACAGGCUGUACAGGCUGGAUGACAUGUCCAGCCUGGUGCAGAAAGCACCCAACCUGAAGAUCCUCAACCUCUCCGGAAAUGAGUUGAAGUCCGAGAGGGAGUUGGACAAGGUAAAAGGGCUGAAGCUGGAAGAAUUGUGGCUCGACGGAAACCCGCUGUGUGACACCUUCCGAGACCAGUCCACCUACAUCAGCGCCAUUCGCGAACGAUUUCCCAAAUUAUUACGCCUGGAUGGCCAUGAGUUACCCCCUCCGAUUGCCUUUGACGUUGAAGCCCCCACGACGUUACCGCCCUGCAAGGGAAGCUAUUUUGGAACAGAGACCCUGAAGAACCUGGUCCUGCAUUUCUUGCAGCAGUACUAUGCGGUGUAUGACUCUGGAGACCGGCAGCGGCUCCUGGACGCCUACCAUGACGGGGCCUGCUGCUCCCUCAGCAUCCCUUUUACCCCCCAGAACCCUUCCCGAAGCAACCUGGCCGAGUACUUCAAGGACAGCAGGAAUGUGAAGAAGCUCAAAGACCCCACCCUGCGGUUCCGCCUGCUGAAGCACACGCGUCUCAACGUUGUUGCCUUCCUCAAUGAGUUGCCCAAAACUCAGCACGAUGUCAACUCCUUUGUGGUAGACAUAAGCGCCCAGACAAGCACAUUGCUGUGUUUUUCUGUCAAUGGGGUCUUCAAGGAAGUGGAUGGAAAAUCUCGGGAUUCUUUGCGAGCCUUCACCAGGACAUUUGUCGCUGUUCCUGCCAGCAAUUCAGGGCUGUGCAUCGUAAAUGACGAGCUGUUUGUGCGCAAUGCCAGCCCUGAUGAGAUCCAGAGAGCCUUCGCCAUGCCUGCACCCACACCUUCCUCCAGCCCAGUGCCCACCCUCUCCCCAGAGCAGCAGGAGAUGCUGCAGGCAUUCUCUACCCAGUCUGGCAUGAACCUUGAGUGGUCCCAGAAGUGCCUCCAGGACAACAACUGGGACUACACCAGAUCUGCCCAGGCCUUUACUCAUCUGAAGGCCAAGGGCGAGAUCCCAGAAGUGGCGUUCAUGAAGUGAUCUGUAGUCAUGCCCCAGAAGAAGCCCCCUGUAAAAUAGCCCUUGGAUAUUGACGUCUCCUUGUCAUGGCUGUCGUUUUCUCCUCUCUGGCCCCGACCGACCGAGGCCACCCUGUGACUGUGACCGUGACCGAAGAGAAUAGGCUGCCGGAUCCCUCUCCUCACCUGCCUUCUGGGAGACUUCUGGAAGACUUCCGGAAGAUUGAGCCUCACUGGUGCCAGGAAGCCAAAGCUUACUUUGUAGAACUGACACUAAACUACCGAAGGACCUAGGUGCUUUGUGUACUUAACCCCAGAACCCUCCUUACUUUUUAAGAUAAAGAGUGAUAUUGUA